CAUUUUCUAUUGUGUGAAUAUCGAUUUAAAAAUGUCUUCAUUUUCCGGUUUGGCAUUUCUGAAUCGGACGCAUCGUGUUUAAAUUUCGAUUAAUUUCAGUGCCCAAAGGUGUUCGGGAAUUUCACGGAUCUCAUGUUGAUCUGCGUUGAUCACGCUACUACCCGGUGUCUCCAUCUUGUUUGUUUCUCUAAACGCGCAGAAGAAUAGGACAAAAUUUUGCUCCGCUCCGAGAUUACGUUACUUCGCAAGAAUUCCUUUUUGGUGUUUAUCCGAACACCGUACUCCCUUAGUACGGCGAGAAAGUAGAUAUUAUGUCUCACGGCGGUAGAAACGAGUGUAGAAUAUACGUGGGAAAUUUGCCACCCGACAUCCGUACAAAAGACAUUCAAGAUCUUUUCUACAAGUUUGGUAAAGUUACUUUCGUUGACUUGAAAAAUCGCCGAGGGCCUCCCUUCGCUUUCGUUGAAUUUGACGAUCCAAGAGAUGCGGAAGAUGCAGUACACGCGAGAGACGGUUACGACUAUGACGGUUAUAGAUUAAGAGUCGAGUUUCCGCGCGGUGGCGGCCCCAGCAAUAAUUUUCGCGGUGGACGCGGAGCUGGGGACAGCGGUAGAGGUGGCCGCGGUGAGAUGAGCAAUUCCCGCGGUCGAGGUCCUCCAGCGCGACGAUCACAAUACAGAGUUUUAGUAAGCGGCCUGCCACCAACCGGAAGCUGGCAGGAUCUCAAGGAUCACAUGCGCGAGGCUGGUGAUGUAUGCUUCGCGGACGUUUAUAAAGACGGUACUGGUGUCGUUGAAUUUCUACGGCACGACGACAUGAAGUACGCCGUGAAGAAGUUAGAUGAUUCACGAUUUAGAUCACACGAGGGCGAAGUAGCUUACAUUCGUGUGAAGGAAGAUCAUAACGGUGGCGAUAGGGGACGCAGCGAAGAUAGAGAGAGAGGCCGUAGCCGUUCUCGUAGCUACAGCCCGCGGCGUCGUGGCUCUCCUACUUACUCGCCGUUGCGGCGUAAUUACUCGCGAUCAAGAUCUCGUUCCAGAUCUCGCUCGUACGACUAGUGUGUACGUAUGUGUUUCACAUGAUAACAUAAGUACAGGUUUAUAUUGACAUUUGCUCUUUACUAUGUUUCAUUAUUGCUGAUUUAAAUUUUACUUGAUGAGAAUUUCUUCCAAUCCAAAUAGAUUUUGUAAAAAUAUUCAUAUUAAUUUCUUUACAUGUUUAAAUUAAUGAUUCAUUUAAUUAAUUGUAUUUGAUGUAUAGUUAGAAAAAAGCAUAUUGGUUGGUAUAUAUACAUAUGGUGUGGCAUAUAUACAUAUAUAUGUAUAUGCCAUAAUUAUUCUUUACAUUUCUUGUUUUUAAAGUGAAUAUACCUAUCAUUUAACACAGAAGAAAAUUAAUUUAAUGAUUUCACUUUUUACUUAUUAUUUUAAUAAAAGUUUUCUAACAUUGAAUUUUUAAAGCUGAUUGCCUAAUACAAUAAUUCUAUUGAAUUUUAUUAUCCUCACAAAAAUGAUAUCAUGCUUGUGAACACGUGUGUUUAUUUUAUCCAAACUGUUAGAAUUAUUCUUCUAUAUUUAAAAAUACAUUCCUUUGUAUUUGCCAAUUUGUUUUGUCAUCACUACCACUUGUGAAAUGUGUAACAAUUUUGAAGUAUUAUUAAUGAGACUUUUGGCAAAAUACUGGAUCUAAAACUGUAACAUACCUAUUAUGUAUUUUGACUUAGCUGUAAGCAGUACUAAUGUCAUUGACAUCUAUUGUGAAUAUUUGUAAUUGACAAUAACAUACUCUGAUUCUCUCACUUUUCGCUAAGAUACAUGAUACAAAAUGGUGGCUAUGAUUGACCGCAUUGAAAUCAAUGCAUCCUGUAAAAUAUCCUGAUGUCUUUCUAUUUGGAUACAAAGACUCGAAAUCUUGCAUAGUGAAACAUAUUUUAAAACUUGCCUAACCAAAAUUAUCUUACAUAUAACUUUUUGUAAUUACUGCAUAUGUAUUAUAUGAUACUUUUUCUUUACUUUCUCUCUCUUUUUCUAACAUCCUUUUAUAAUCAAAGUUAUCUUCAUAUGGAUUAAUUAGGAAAAUUUUGCUUAACAUUGUCAGGCGAACAUCAAAUUUUAUUAUAGAACAAUAAACAUGUAUAGUAAAGUAUAUUGCAGGUAAACUCUUUACGCAUAUAAACAUAUUUACAUAUAUAAAACAGGAUUAAAUUAAAAUAUAUUUAUCUCAGCUAAAGAGAUGCCUUUCUCUCGUCAUAAGUUUUCAAAUUGCUAACAUUAUAAUAAUGAUAAUUAUAUUAAAAACAGUACUAUUUGUGUUUUUAUACUACUGUAUAUUAUUAAACUAAUAGAUAUAUAUCUAAUAUUGCCUGUAUUAUUAUAGUACUACAUAUGUAAUUAAAUAACUCUUACUAAUAUGCGAUUACAAAAGUUGCGUAUUUUACUUCUUAGUUACAAAUUAUUUGAAGGAUUUGGAGAGUCUUUUUCAUAUUGUGAAAACUCAACUCUUAAAUCUAUUUUGUCAAAUUUGUGAUUUCAAGAAGAUAUGCAAUAUACAUCCCUUCUAAAUGCACCUUUGGCAAUAACAAAAGUAUAUAAAUUUAAAAAAUAACAUAUAUUUGCCAUAUAAAAUAUCUUUUUCUCGCUUAGAUUAUUAACUCUAGUAAAUAAUUCCUCUGUGUACAGAUAAAUACCUCAAGAUUGUUUACACAAUUAAUUUAUCAGUUGAAUCAAAAUAAUUCCGGAUCGAAUAUGCGUAGUGAUGACAAUAUAUCGCGCAUACAUACUUUAUAACAAAAUACAUGAGCAUGUGACACACAGAAUUUAUUGUUAUAUACUAUAUAUACACAAUUAUAUUGGCGUAAAAUUCUCUUCGCUAUGAUAUUACCAUCUCAUACACAAUCUAAUUCGCUUUACAAAUAACACGUAUUUGAUGAUAGACUUGAAUGAUCUUUGAUUAAUGAUGUUUUAUAAGUUAUUUUCUGAUUUUGCAUUGAAUAUUACUUCAAAUUACUUCUUACAAAAGAAUCUAACCCAUCUAGAAUUCUUUAAAACUUGUCAGUGUGAAAACAUACGAUAUAAUAUAUUAUGAGUAUAAUCUGGACACAUUAGCAAUAUAUUCAAAUUAAAAUAAAUUUCAAGUGACAUAUGAUAUAGGAAUAGGAAACGGUCUAAUUGAAAGCCAAGCGCGGUAAUCAAGACGUAAAAUAAUUAUUUUUCUCAUAAUUUUCAAAAUAUUUUUCUCAGAUCAUAUUUGAAGAAAAAGAAUUAUUUUGCGCCUUUGAUUACUACGUUUGAUUCUUAAUUAGAGUGUUUCUUUUAUUCUGUGAAUAUUUUAUAUCAGAAUUUUUUUUCAACUUCGUUUCAGAUAUAUGAAGUGCGAUGAAAUAAUUAUUAAUUGAUAUAUUGUCUUUCACAUUUCUCUGUUUGCGUGUUUUCCUUUCUCGUAUAUUUCGGAACUAUGUAAUUAAAAAUAUAUUUUUAAAAACUUUUAUUAUAUUCUAAAGUUGCAUAUUUAUGAAAGGAAAACAUUUGAUAUCGUGUAUUUACUCUAUUUUUGCAAAUUAAUCCUGUGUGAUCUUACUUCAUUAUGUACAUCAUUUUUUAAGUUUUUUAUAAUUACAUGAAUAUAUAUUUAUUUCUUGAUAAUACAAUGUUUAAAAUCUUUUGUCAUAAGACAUCUAUCUAUAUUUUAUAUAUACAGAGUAUAUAUACUAUAUAUAUUAUAUAUCUCUUUAUUCACAUCACAAGGAUUACAUUUGUAUUGAUAAAUUGUAUAUCUAACAUUAUAAUUUACAUCAUAUAUAAGAAACUAAUGUAUUUUUUCUUCUUUUGUAUAUUGGAUUGGAUUGUAACACAAUGAAUGAAAAACUGAAAUCAA